AUGGUGAAAGCUGUAAUCCUUGGUGCCGCUGGUGGAAUUGGUCAACCUCUCUCGCUUUUAUUGAAGUUAAACGAAACAGUCACGGAGUUGGCUUUAUAUGAUAUCGUUAACAGUCCUGGUGUUGCCGCUGAUUUGGGUCAUAUUAACACCCCAGCUAAGGUGACUGGCUAUCUUCCGCCUAAAGAAAAAAAUGCGCCUAAUGACGGCUUAAAAAAUGCCUUGACGGGUGCACAUAUCAUCAUCAUUCCGGCUGGCGUUCCAAGAAAGCCUGGCAUGACAAGAGACGACUUAUUCAAGAUCAAUGCAGGCAUUGUACGUGAUCUGGCUACUGGGAUCGCCCAAUAUUCUCCUAAAGCAUUUAUUCUGAUCAUAUCUAAUCCUGUCAACUCUACUACACCAAUCGUUGCUGAAGUUCUCAAGAAACAUAAUGUAUUCGAUCCAAAAAAAUUAUUUGGUGUGACGACAUUAGAUCUUGUUCGUGCUUCUACUUUCACUGGUGAAAUAUCUGGACAUGAUUCACGUGAUAUUCGUGUUCCAGUUGUUGGUGGACAUAGUGGAAUUACUAUUAUUCCAUUACUUUCCAAAAUCUCCCCGUCAUAUUCGUUCUCUAAAGAACAAAUUGACUCGCUCACGAAUAGAAUUCAGUAUGGUGGUGAUGAAGUAGUUAAAGCUAAGGAUGGAGCUGGCUCUGCAACUCUUUCUAUGGCUCAGGCUGGUGCUCGAUUUGCUGAUGCAAUUUUGAAAGCCUCAGUUAAAGGGGAAGCUAGACUCAUUGAAGUAUCUUACGUCCAUCUUGAUGCGGAUAAAGAUGGAGGCGAUAAAAUCAGGGCCACAGUUGGCUUGGAUUAUUUUUCGUCGACUAUUGAAUUAGGGACAAAUGGCAUUACCAAAAUCCAUCCAUUAGAAAAUUUAACUGCAUUCGAGGACUCACUACUUAAAGCUGCAAUUCCAGAACUUCGUGAAAACAUCAAUAAAGGUGUCGCAUUCAUCAAGGAAGACUCGAAACUGUAA